AUGGCAGCAGUCCACUCCCCCGAGCAAAUCGAGGCCCGCGACUACGUAGCAAUCAGCCUGCUCAUCCUGAGUCUGGCGACGCAGCUCGCGCAUCUCCUCUUCACCGGCUCGAUCGACGAACAUCAUUUGCCGUUUGUGCUACUUCUCGCAUUGACUCUGCUCGUUGCAUGGGUCGGAUCCGUGAUUGUCUUCGGCAGCAACCUGGCUUCCCGCGAUCGACCUUUUAUCUUCGCGCUCGUGGCGGUGAACUUCGUCCUGUCUUACUUGAAAGCGCGACAGCCGGAUGCGUCGGCGGUGGCGUUUUUCUCCUGCAUGCUGUGGUCGUUUCGUUUGGGGAUGAACUUUGGAAUGUUCCUCGGAUCAAGGGACUGA